CUUAAGAUGAAAAAUAUAAAUACAAAACAAAACUUUGAUAACAGAAUUAUUAAAAAUUCAGUCGUUUACUGGAAUUAAGACUUUUUAUUAAAUAAAACUCAAUGGGGAAAAGGACAGUGUAAAACUGUGCAGUACAGUAAUGUACAGUUAUGUAUACUGUGAAAUACUGUGAUGUACUGUAAUGUACAGUAUAUGUGUACAGGGAAUAAUAGUAAUGUACUGUGAAGUACAGUAAUCUGUACAGCAAAAAUCUGUGACGUACAGUGGAAAACAGUGACUGCGUACUAGGAAGUACUGUAGAGUACUGUGAUGUACAGAGGAAAUGUACUGUGAAGUACAGGGAGGUGCUGGGAAAUGCUGUGAUUCUGUACAGUGAUGUACUGUAAUGUACUGUGUUGUACAGAGCCAAGUACAGUGAUUUACAGUGAAAGUACAGAGUCUAUCAGAGAUUUUCAGAGAAUAAUCAGAAUAUCAGGGAAUUUCAAGUCCAGUAGUGAAAAGAGGAGGGGAGAAGAAUGUUCGCGGAACCUUCCGCCCCUACCGAAGGAACCUGAGCAAAGACAGUCGUCGGCAAUAAGUCAGUUUGAUCCAGCGAAUUCUGAAAAAGAUUGUGGAAGAACAAGUACCAGCUGCAAUUAUAAUUGUUCCAGAUUGGCCAACAGCGAGUUGGUACCCAUUCUUGAUGAAACUGUGUGUCGAUGCACCUCUUAUUCUUCCUCAGUCCCGGGACACAUUGGUAUUACCUCAUCGCCCUCAAGAAGUUCACAAACUAUACCCAAAGCUGCGUCUUCUGGCAUGUCACAUAUCCGGAAAAUGUAUCAAUCCAAAGGCAUUUCAGAGAAAGCAAUUCCGGGUCUUAUGAACUCUUGGAGAGCGUCAACUAAAAAACAGUAUGAUUCGCAUAUGAAAAAGUGGCUAGAAUUUCUAAAUCGCAAAUCUAUCCAAGUAUCUGAUACUUUUUCAAUAACAGUUGUCUUGGACUUUCUUACCGAACUUUUUGAUAAAGGAUAUUCAUAUAGUACAAUUAAUUCUGCCAGGAGUUUUCUCAGUUGUUUAUUACCACCUGUUAAUGAUGUGGCUAUUGGUUCUGAUCCGCUAAUUAGACGUUUCAUGAGAGGAGUCUUUAUCGACCGUCCUAAUUUACCGCGGUAUACAGAGACUUGGGAUGUGAGCACGGUCUUAUCGUUUAUUCGCAGUAUGGGGGAAAAUGAAGUUUUAUCAGUGUUUGAUUUGACAUUGAAGCUUGUCAUGCUAUUAGCGUUAGUAACAGGACAGAGAGCACAAACUUUGUCAUUUUUAGAUUUAGAUAAUAUGCAUGUUUAUGAAGAUAGAAUUGUGUUUUUUGUAAAUAAUCUUGUAAAACAAUCUAGGCCAUCUUAUCAUAUAAAACCAGUUACAGUUUUAGCAUUUCCGGAUAAGAUGCUUUGUGUUGUGACAUGUAUUAAAGUGUAUAUAACAAAAACGGAAAAAUAUAGAGGUAAUGGAAAUAGGAGACUUCUUUUGACAACCCAAAAGCCGUUCCGAGAGGCGUCGAAGGACAGUAUUUCUCGCUGGAUAAGAACUCUGUUAUCUAAAUCUGGCAUUGAUACCAGCAAGUUUUCUGGACAUAGCACUCGCGCUGCUGCAAGCGCCGCCGCACGUUCUUCAGGGAUUUCAGUUGACAAUAUCUUAUCACAUGUUGGAUGGUCUAAUGAGAAUACAUUUGCAAAAUUUUAUGACAAAACUGUUUUAAAUAAUGACAAAAAAUUUCAGUCUGCAAUUUUGUCUUCAACAUGUAGUUUAGAUGAUAUGAAUAUUCAAUAA